AUGAGGAUCUGUGUGCAGCCGGCAAUGGUGAGCCAGGGCUAUUGCCCCAAACUCUGCUCAGCCUCAGAGGAGCCCUGCCUGGUGAGCUGCCUGGAUGACUCCUGGUGCGGCCCAGGAGAGAAAUGUUGUCAUGAUGACUGUCAUGUGCAGUGUGUGGCAGCUGAGCCAGCUAGGCCUGGCAUUUGCCCAAGGAAGAGGGCAUUGCCAAACGGCACCCCCUGUGCCAACCGGUGUGAUGACGACAGGAGCUGUCCCAAGGGCCAGAAGUGCUGCUUUGCCGGCUGUGGCCUGGAAUGCCUGGCACCUGCUACAGAAGAGCCCCGUCCGUGCACAGAGGCAUCGCACACGACAACCCGGAAGAAGUGUGCAGAUCUCUGCCAGGAUGAUGCGGACUGCCCAACAGAGGAGAAGUGCAGGCCCACAGACUGUGGCUUCCGAUGCGCGGCGUCUGAGCCAGCUAUGACCAAGCCCAGACCAGAGACGGCGGGAGUCACCUCAGCCUCCAUUUCCUCCUUCCCUGGCCAGCUGACCGAGGGUCCCCUCCCGGCCUCCCCUCCUCCACUGAAACCCGGGCUGUGCCCUUUACAGCUCAGGGGCUCCAUGGGGCCCUGCCCAGAACCGACUCUGAGGAACUGCAGCAACGACUUUGACUGUGAGAACACCAAGAAAUGCUGCUCCAUCAGCUGCAGCAGUGCCUGCAAGGAGCCAGAGGCAGGGUGGUGGGCUGAAUCAGCAGCCUGUGGGUGA